UUUUUCUCAGAGCUCUAAUGGCUUCAAAAGGGUCAGUUUUGUCUUUGGAGGAGACACCGACGUGGGCUGUUGCUGUUGUUUGUUUUGUCCUUGUUUCCAUUUCCAUUGUCAUUGAAUACAUCCUUCACUUGCUUGGAAAGUUCUUAAAAAAGAGACAUAAGAAUUCUCUAUAUGAAGCUCUUGAAAAGAUCAAAUCAGAGCUGAUGCUUUUAGGGUUCAUAUCAUUGCUUCUGACAGUGGGACAAGGACUCAUAUCAGAAAUAUGUGUGUCCAAGAAAAUAGCAUCCACUUGGCAUCCGUGUAACAAGGAACAGGAAACCUCAAAGUAUGGCGGCGGCGGGAGGAAGAGAAAUCUUUUAACGGAUUUCUCUGUCGAAGGUUGGAGUCAUCACCGUCGUAUCCUGGCUGCCCAGAAAGAAGACAAAUGCACUGCUCAGGGGAAAGUCCCAUUUGUAUCAACAUAUGGCAUCCACCAACUUCACAUUUUCAUUUUCGUUUUGGCCGUUUUUCACAUCCUUUAUUGCAUACUCACUUAUGCUUUCGGACGAGCUAAGAUGAGCAAAUGGAAAGGAUGGGAAAAGGAGACAAAGACAACUGAAUACCAGUUCUCACAUGAUCCUGAGAGAUUCAGAUUUGCAAGAGAUACUUCAUUUGGAAGAAGGCAUUUACAUUUUUGGAGUCACUCAUCUUUUCUUCUUUGGAUAGUUUGUUUCUUCAGACAAUUUGUUAGAUCGGUUCCAAAAGUUGAUUACUUAACCCUCCGACAUGGGUUUGUAGUUGCACAUUUGGCACCACAAAGCCAAACUCAUUUUGAUUUUCAUCUCUACAUUAAAAGAUCUUUAGAAGAGGAUUUCAAAGUGGUUGUGGGGAUAAGCCCGAUAAUAUGGCUCUGCGCAAUUCUAUUCCUAAUGUUCAACACCCACGGCUGGUACUCUUAUUUCUGGCUACCCUUUAUCCCACUGGUUAUAAUUCUCUUGGUGGGUACUAAGUUACAAGUGAUUAUUACAAAGAUGGGUCUAAGGAUUCAGGAAAGGGGAGACGUGAUUAAAGGAACACCUGUGGUUCAACCUGGCGACGAGCUGUUUUGGUUCAACCGUCCAAAACUCUUGCUCUACCUCAUCAAUUUCGUUCUCUUCCAAAACGCGUUUCAGCUCGCUUUCUUCAUUUGGGCAUGGUAUGAAUUCGGGUUGAGUUCUUGCUUUCAUGAGAAGGCUGAAGAUAUAGCUAUUAGGCUAGUAAUGGGGUAA